GCUUAUAUUAAAUAGUAAUUCAAUCAGGUACCACUCUACAUCUGAAAUAGUAUGUGAAAGCAAUCAUUGGUAAUUACCUGUCAGAAUGGAAAACCAGCAGGAGUGAAAGCUUUAAGUUUAACCUGUCAGUUCACCGUUGGCAAUCUAUUAAAUUCACACCCCAUGGCAACUAGCCUGACUACAGUCUAAUAUAAAUUCAGACUAAAAAAGAAACACAUUCCUGCUGAAUGAGACAGUCCAGCCACAGGUGUGUUCUUAUUAUUAUUAUUCAAUCAAGCACCACAGCUUCCCUGACUAGCUGUAAAUUGCUCUCCCGUGUCUUUCUUUUCACCAAAUUGUUCAUUCUUACCUUUUUAUAUUCAUGAAAUGUCUUCAGAGACAGUAGCAUUGUUUAGUGGUGAAAAUUAAUCAAGCACAUUUACUAAAUUAGUUUACUUAAGUACUUUACUGGAGUGUUUCAUGUGCUACUUUACACUUCUACUCCACUACAUUUCAGAGGGAAAUGUUGUACCUUUUAUUUUACUGCAUUUAUCUGACAGCUAUAGUUACUAAUUAAUUUUCUUCAGUUUAAUACUUUAAACAUGUGAUCAGCUUAUAUAAUAUGAUACAUGGUUAUAGGUCAAACUGUCCAAUAGUAUAGUAGUUAGAGUUCUCUCUACCUUAACCAUCUACAGUACUAUAAUGCUGCUUGCAUGUAAAUACAUUAAUAUUGAAAAUACAAUAAAAUGAUACAGCCUGUAUAUUGAUAUAGCACUCAAAAGUCAUAUCGCAUUAUGAGUACACAUACUUUUCAUACUUUAAGUAUAUUUUCAAGUAUACUUUUGAUAAUACUUCAGUACUUUAAGUAAGAUUUUGAAUGCAAGGCUUGUAGUUGCUAACUAUUUUACAUUGUGGCAUUGCUACUUUUUAUUGCUGAAAUGAUCAAUUGACUAAAAUUAGAAAUAGAAUCCCAAAAUUUUUAAUUAAUUGUUAAUUGUUUGUCAUUUCUCUGCAUGCUUCCAGCUUCUCACAUUCCAUACUUGUAGUAAUGAGCUGGAUGCUUGCAUCACUGUGCGGUGGUGACGUGUGGCGUCUGGGAGCUGUCCCAGGAAUCAUGGUGCUGAAGCUGCAGCACCGAUUCAGCAGCCAAUGAUCACAGGAGAAUCCGGGGCUACGGAUGCUUUCACCCAGAGCAGGACAGUCCGACAAUCGUGUUGGAUUUUAACCGAGGGAUUGUAAACCCAUCAGCUUGUUCUUUGGACGUGGAAAUUCCAUAAUUGGGGAUGUAAGCUUCACACAGACUUGCCAGCGACCUGCAGUCUGCCUGGAGAUCUAUGGGGGAAAAAAAUCCCGAAACUGUGAGUCGUAUAGAAAACGGUGUAGCUUGCCAGCUGUUUCAUUUAUUGAACUUAAUGGCUUCAGACACUUGUUUGCAUCGAUGGGAUUUAUUUGCCUUUUGGAUUUACAUCCUCGUGGGAAGACAAUAAAAGACAUUCAAUUAUACAAAAACUAAAAGGGUGCUUUACAUCCCAACAAACGCUGGAAAACGCACCCCUGCACCCUCUAUCCCAUCCCACAACAUAUAAAGAAGCGCUUGCUUAUGACGGGGACACAUAUGGUACAUGCUGUUUUCUUCCAGCACCUUUGCACGGUGCUGUGAGUUUCUGGCCGGAGACAGCCUGAUGCUGCGCAGCCAGGGCAUGCUGAAGAGCCGCUGUUGCGUCCUGCUCGGUGACCUGAGGGUGCUCCUGCUCGGGCCACCGGCACCGCCGACACCGCUGCCUCCGCUGACCCCCAUGAGUGGCCAAACCACGGAAAGCCAUGAGACAGGCGUCACCGUCCCCGACAACAACAACACGUUAACGCGGAGCCAUCAGCACGCAGGGGACCGGACUGCCUUACCUGCGGCAGGAGCCAGCGGGCCACCGGGCGGAGAGCGACCGGUGGCGGGUUGGGUUGACGCCGCAGAGCUGUCGGCGGCCCUGCGCGGCUGCAGCAGCUCCUCUGAUGACUGCUCAAAGGGCAAACUGGAGGAGAGGUACUCCCUUACCAGCUACACGGAGAGUGGGUUCAGGACGCCUGUGUGCAGGAUCUGUUUCCAGGGACCAGAACAUGGGGAGCUCUUGAGCCCAUGUCGGUGCAGUGGGUCAGUACGCUGCACCCAUCAGCCCUGCCUCAUCAAAUGGAUCAGCGAGAGAGGGUCCUGGGCCUGUGAGCUCUGCUACUACAAAUAUCAGGUCAUUGCCAUCAGCACCAAGAACCCACUACAGUGGCAGGCCAUCUCCCUGACAGUGAUAGAGAAAGUGCAGAUAGCAGCAGCUAUCUUGGGCUCCCUGUUCCUGAUGGCCAGUAUCUCUUGGCUGGUGUGGUCAUCUUUCAGCCCGUCGGCCCGCUGGCAAAGACAAGAUCUGCUUUUCCAGAUCUGCUACGGCAUGUACGGCUUCAUGGAUGUGGUCUGCAUCGCACUAAUUGUCCACGAGGGACCUUCUGUGUUUCGUAUCUUCCACCGUUGGCAGGCUGUGAACCAGCAGUGGAAGGUUCUGAACUAUGAUAAGUCCAUGGACAGCGAUGACCUGAAGGAGGCCACUGUGGACAGGACUCUGUCUCAGCCCAGCCAGGGCUAUCAGACUGGGGUAGGAGUGUCCACCUCCACCUCCUCACUGAUGGUGGUAGCCUCCACAGCCGCUGGCUCCACUUCUACAACCGUGGUGACGGCAGCAGGAGGACUGGGGACGCAUGUUGACCCCAACAUCGGCAGCACAGUGCCAGACCAACACUGUCCCUACAACAUCCUCCACCUCCUCAGCCACCUGAGGCAGCCGGAGGCCCGCAGCCAACCCAGCAAUAGCACACGAGAGCUGGUCAUGCGAGUCACUACAGUCUGAGGAGUAAGUUGAGGCCUUAUCUCACAGGGGAGGUGAACAAUUUACGAACCAGCUGACAGUUGGAAAAAAAAGUCUUAUCUUAACUAAACUGCUGGAUUAAUACGAUGUUCUUGUUUAUUUGAAAAUGCAUCUCUGAUGUCCUUACAUGGAUUGAAUAAAAGUCAAAGUUGUUUGAUUUUCAGAAUUGGUUGGAGAAUAGUUAUUUUAGGUAUAAUUUCGAUGGUAUGUGCAUUCUUGAUCUUUGAGAACAGUAUACUGUACGGUGAAGAGAAUAUAAGCUCCAAGGUCAAUUUACUAAUCAUUUUAAGCUUUUAACUGCAUCAUUAUUUAGUGGAUCUUUGAGCAUGCUGUAGAUUCUCUUCAUUCUUUUCCAUAAUAUGAUCACAUUUUACCAGGACAUGUG